UUUGACCACAGAGAAUUUUAAAAAAAGGAAAAAAAAUUAAGAGGAGAGUCAAAAGCAAGAGGACAAUAGAAACCUCAAUGAGCAUGAAGAUAUCAAAGAAAUGGAUUAUCGAUCAGAAGUAGGGAAGCCGGUGAUAGUGUUGAUUUGCGGUAGCUUAGUCUAUUACCACUGCGCGCAUCGCAACUCCAGCCUCGUCUCUCUUGUAUCCGAUGUCCUCAUCGUCCUCCUCUGUUCGCUCGCCAUUCUCGGCCUUCUCUUUCGCCAGAUGAACAUCUCGGUACCCGUCGAUCCACUCGAGUGGCAGAUUUCGCAGGACACUGCUAAUAGCAUUGUUGCAUGGUUAGCCAAUACCAUAGGAGCAGCUGAGUCUGUAUUGAGGGUUGCAGCCACGGGGCACGACAAGAGGUUGUUUUUCAAGGUGGUGUUUUGUCUUUACAUGCUUUCAGCUUUGGGACGGUUGGUGUCAGGUCUUACAGUUGCCUAUGCUGGAUUAUGCUUAUUUUGCCUUUAUAUGUUAGCUGAGAACAGUCAGUCAAUCAGUGCAUGUUUGUCUCGAUUUCUGAGGAGAACGAAUGAUCUAGCGGAGGAAGAUGCUGCUGAGCAAGAUACUAUGUAGCUUAUGUUUUCUGUAACCUCCAUGUACAAUGAAUCUUUGUAUUUUUUUGUGUGGGUGUAUUUCGAGCUACUCAGUUUCUGUGUACAUAUGACUUUGUGCAUGACCCCUCUUGGGGUGGUACAAUAUUGUUAACCAAGAGAUACAAUUUUAUGAUACAAACUGUUGAAUAAUUGACACCAUUGCUGAAUAAAUGCCGGUCAUUAGUUUUUGCUACAA